AUGUCGGCUGUCGUGUGUCGGCCCCGGCCUUUUCUGUCGUCUGCAAGAACUUAAAAUUGCUUAGCCUUUUUGUUCGUGUAAGUUUUAGAAGAUUUUCCUAUUUAAAAGUUUUGGUCGCUUUUUCCACCAUGGCUGGAGUGUUGUUUGAAGAUAUUUUCAAUGUCAAAGAUAUCGACCCAACGGGAAAGCAGUUUGACAGAGUGAGCAGACUGCAUUGCGAGAGCGAGUCCUUCAAGAUGGACCUGAUAUUGGACGUCAACACGUGGCUCUAUCCCAUGGAGCUUGGGGACAAGUUCCGGCUGGUGUUGGCCACGACACUCCGCGAGGAUGGGUUCCCGGAUGCUGGAGAUUGGAACCCUCAGGACUCCGAAGGUUCCCGUGCAGAUAGUUUUGAGUACGUAAUGUACGGAAAGAUCUACCGCAUCGAGGGUGACGAGAACUCCAAGGAGCCCUCCAAGAACAAACUUGCGGCGUAUGUCUCUUUUGGUGGCCUGUUGAUGCGACUACAAGGAGACCCCAACAACUUGCACGGGUUCGAGGUUGACCAGUGUCUCUACCUUCUCAUGAAGAAAUUAGCAUUUUAACUUCACACUCCUGAAAGGAAGACCCUGCUAAGACACUGCCAAGCUAUAAAUUGAAUAAAACAAUGUCACAGUAACAACAACAAUAUACCUGUUGUAGUUUUACUUUAGUAUUUUUCUCUCUUUUGUUUCUUCAUUGUUUUUUUGUAAUGUGUAAUAAAAUAUCUACUGUUUUAAAAAUUUGAAAGAUUUUGAAUCCAUUCAUAAAUAAGAAAUGUUUGUCUGAUAAAAAUAUAUUAGGGCCUACAAAGUUUUAUAUUUUUAAUUACAGAAAACUGUUGUUUAUGCUGAGCAAGUUGUUUGACAUUGUACAACAAAUAUGAAUGUACAAAUCCUUUGUAAACUGACGAUAUCUUAACAUCUUUUUAUAUGUAAGAAUGAUAUUUUUAAGAAGGUUUUGUAAAAUAAAUUGAUUUUAUAAUU